AUGUCGUCAUCACCCAACCACUUCCUACUUCCCCAAACACACAUCUCGUCCACCGAUCGGAUCGAUGCGUCUGUUGACACCAGCUACAUUAUCGAACCAUCCGGACGUUUAUGAUUUAGUAUGAGCAGCGUGACUGAGCCUCCGGGCCUGGAGACCCAGCGACGGGAGGUCGAGGCCCUGCUCCAGGGAAGCGAGCUCCGAGCGGGGGGCAGCUGGUACAUGGUGGAGCGGCGCUGGUACGACCAGUGGAAGGAGUUUGUGGAGACUGGAGAUCAGAACUCGUCCUCAUUCCCAGGACAGAUCGACAACUCUGAGCUUUUCGAAGACCAGGACUCGUACCACCUGAAGGAGCGCCUGGUGGAGAACGAGGACUUCAUGCUGGUUCCUGCGGAGGCCUGGCGCAAGCUGCUGGCCUGGUAUGGCCUGGUGGAGGGCCAGCCUGCCCUGGAGCGCAAGGUGGUGGACCUUCCCAGCACCCUGAAGGUGGAGAUCUAUCCUGUGGAGGUCUACCUCUGUCUCCAUAGCAACAUGGACACCGUCAUUACUGCGCGCUUUAGCCGCGCCGACCGAAUACACUCCCUCCAGGAGGUGAUGUGUAGGGAGUUCUCGGUCCAGCAGGGGGCAGAGUGCCGUCUGUGGAUGAAGAGCUCAGACACCAGCUGUGAGCGCCUCAGGAACGUGCACGUGAGCGUGCUGGACGCCUGCCUGACCUCCGGCAUGACGGUCAUUAUGGAGAUGAGGAAUGCUGAUGGAACCUGGCCCAGCUCGAAACCUCAGAUUAUGAGGUGUUCGGUGGAGGACCAGGAGUACAGAGGUCAGCCAGGAGUCUGUGGUCUCAGUAACCUUGGAAACACCUGCUUUAUGAACUCUGCUCUGCAGUGUCUGAGCAACACUCCGCCCCUGACGGAGUACUUCCUGCGGAGUGCGUACCUGGAGGAGCUCAACUUCACCAACCCUCUGGGGAUGAAGGGUGAGAUCGCAGAGGCUUUCGCUGACGUCAUCAAACAGAUGUGGUCCGGACGCCACCACUCGGUGGUCCCACGCAUCUUCAAGACCAAGGUCGGGCACUUUGCCUCCCAGUUCCUGGGCUACCAGCAGCACGACAGCCAGGAGCUGCUGUCCUUCCUGCUGGACGGGCUCCACGAGGACCUGAACCGCGUCAAGAACAAGGAGUACAUCGAGCUGAGGGACGCAGGGGGGCGGCCCGACCAGGAGGUGGCCGAGGAGGCUUGGCGGAACCACCUCCGCCGUAACGACUCUGUGAUCGUGGACACCUUCCACGGCCUCUUCAAGUCCACGCUGGUCUGCCCCGAGUGCCACAAGGUCUCGGUCACCUUCGACCCCUUCUGCUACCUCAGCGUCCCUCUUCCUGUCAGCAAGGACCGCGUGAUGGAGGUGUUCUUCGUCUCCCUCGACCCCAAGGAAAAGCCUUUCCAGUAUCGCCUGCUGGUUCCCAAGGCGGGCAAGGUGUCGGACCUGUGCUCUGCCCUGGCUCAGCUGAUCAACAUCCCGGCCAAGCAGAUGGUGGUGACUGAUGUCUUCAACCACCGCUUCUAUAAGAUCUACCAGGCGGACGAGGCCCUGAGCUGCAUCCUGGACCGCGACGACAUCUUUGUGUAUGAACUGAGUCGUGGUGUGGGGGGCGGAGAGGAGGUGAACCAGGACGAGGAGGUGGUCCUGGGCCUGUACCUCCGGGAGCGCUCCCACUACCGGGACUACGGCUCGGGGAGCAGCUCCUACGGGACCUCCCUGUUCGGCCACCCCCUGCUGCUGUCGGUCCCACGGACCCUCUGCACCCAGGAGGGGCUCUACCCCCUGCUGCUGCAGAGACUGGAGCGCUACGUUCGACCUCCUGACCCCUCUGAGGAGGUGGAGGAGGAGGAGGAGGAGGAAGAGGAGGAGGAGGUGUUCAAGACUCAGACCAACGGGAUCAGUGAUGAUGAGGAAGGGGAGGAGAACGGAGAGACCGCUGGCCCCUCCCAGACUGGUGACGGACAGGCGGUCAGCCAACCGGACGCCACGGCCCUGACGACGCCCCCCUCUGACACCAACAACGCCCAACCCUCAUUGGACAGCAGCAGUGAGGAGACAUCCAAUCACAGCUCAGCUGCCAGCACCAGCAGUGCCAGCUCCAGUGCAAACGCUAACGCUAGCGGAGAGACCAUUGCUUCCUCAAAUGCUAGCGCUAGCACCAGCCAUGCUAGCACUAGCCAUGUUAGCUCCAGCCCUGCUAGCUCCAGUCCUGCUAGUGGCGGUGCAGUAGCAGCAGCCGGGGAGACGGCAGAAGAAGACAAACAGGAAGAGGCGUGUUCUCCCAUCCCAGCAGCCAAUGAGCAGCAGGCGAGGAGGAAGUCGUGUCGUAAGAAGAGGAGGAGUCUGUUCUCGAUCCAGGCGGUCAACUCCAACGGCACCACCGAGAGGGGGAUGGGCGAGGGAGGCCUGGCCUUCUCCUUCACCUCCCAGCCCUAUGUGGCCAUCGACUGGGACCCCGACAUGAAGAAGACUUACUACAACGAGAACGAGGCAGAGAAGUACACCAAGCACAGCAGCAUGGACGAGUCCCAGCAGCAGAUGUCCGUCCAGCUGCAGGAGUGCAUCCAGCUGUUCACCACCACGGAGACGCUGGAGGAGGACAACCCCUGGUACUGCCCUGUGUGUAAGCUUCACCAGCUCGCCACUAAGAAGCUGGAUCUUUGGGGCCUCCCUGAGGUCCUCAUCAUCCACCUGAAGAGGUUCUCCUACAACAAGUUCUCCCGAGAGAAGCUGGACUCCCUGGUCCACUUCCCCCUCAGAGAUCUGGACUUCUCUGACUGUCUGCUGAGAAAGAAACUGACCAAUGGGGAGCCUCCAAGCCGCUAUGACCUCAUCGCUGUGUCCAAUCACUAUGGAGGACUUCGAGAUGGCCAUUACACCAGCUACAGCAGGAACAAGGACAACGGUCAGUGGUAUUACUACGACGACAGCAAGGUCACCUUCGCUACAGAGGACCAGAUAGUGACCAAUGCAGCCUACCUCCUGUUCUACCACCGACAAGACAAGAUCAGACACCCGGCCGCGCCCAGCCCCGCCGCUAGCCACGCCCCCUCCCCCGACAUCACUUCCUGUAGCAGCCAGGAGGCGGAGCAGGGCGGGGCCGCCUGCGUCACCAUGGAAACGGACUGAAUAAAUCUGCCCGGUGCGUUUGUUGAUGUGAAUGGGCCUUAUUUUAUAUUAUUAUCAUACCGUUAUUAAAUAUCAUAUCGCUAUUAUAUAUUAUAUUAUUUUAAUGAUGGUUCCCCUCCGGACAGACUGGCAGACACAAGUUAGGGGGAAGGCCUGUCUGUCUGACAGCCUCGCAGAGAGAUUAUUAUGGGUGUGGAAGAAGAGGGUUGCUGAAACGCGUCCCGUGAGGUAUAUUAUGGGAUGGUGCUCAUUGUGCUAGUUCAGGCCUCCUGUCCAGAACACUGUAACUCACCACCUAGAUCUAUCCACCAAUACAUCUCCACACGUCUAGAGGGGGUUGGGUCUGAGUGACGGCUGAACCAGCAGCAUCAGGGAGUAUAUAUAUAUAUAUAUAUAUAUAUCGUGUAUAUUGAGGUACAAUCUUUCUGGGGACUUUCUUCAUGGAUCAGGGUCGGUCUGGGGCUGUGAUUGGUGCAGGGUAUGAUGCCAGGUGUUCUGAUUGGUCAAGGGUAUUGUGUAUAGAUGACAGUGGUGGACGGUUGGCUAACCAGCAGCUGAAGGCUCCGCCUCCUGGUUCUACAGUUCUGUACAGUAUUUUUGUAAUAAAUGUAUAAUGAUAACUGCUGGGUGUGACACUUUCCUCAGACAAAAACAGAUGAAAUAUUUUAAUGUAUUCCAGCUUUUGAUAUGAAUAAACGUUGCUAUGACAACACCAUUUUUUUGGCGUGUGA